AAUGUGUGAGCUUGUUCUCGUCCACAGAGCUGCUGACUGUCUCUGCAGCACUGACACACAGAGAGAGAGAGAGAGAGAGAGAGUGUGUGAGAGUGUGUGUGUUUCAUUUAAUGCAGGUCUGAAUGUGACAGCUGACACACUGAACUUCUGGAGUUACGGCGCAGAGACACAGAAACCUUUUCGUGGGGGAAUUAUGAGAAACGUGGAGCUGUGAUCUUUUUAUUCCCAGUUGACAGCUGAUAAGUCAGGAGGAGAUGGACAACAAGGCCAUGUAUCUGAGUACGUAUGAAGAGAGAGAGAGCGGCUCCAUGUACGAAGAGGCCUACGAUGGACGCAACUUGUCCAAACUCAACCUGUGUGACGAAGGUUCUGGUAAACGUCGCAGGAAGCAGGAUAUGUGCUGCGGUCACCUAAACUCGCUCUCAGCCAUCAAGUACGCCAUCGUCUCCCUCUACAUCCUGGUUCUUCUCACCAUCUUUGGACUCUGCCUGGCAGGUCCUCCGGGGCCAAAGGGAGAGAAGGGUGAUACUGGACCGCUGGGGUCCCCCGGAGCUCCUGGGUUGACAGGCUUGAGAGGAUUUACAGGAGAAAAAGGCAUGCAGGGCCCCCGGGGAAUGAAAGGGCCCAGUGGGGUCGACGGUGUUCAGGGUGAAAAAGGAGAAGUCGGACCUACUGGUCCCAGAGGUGACAGAGGAGAAAGAGGGCUGAAGGGGGAGAAAGGCGAUCGAGGAGACCGAGGAGAGAAAACAGUGGAGGAGGCCAUGGUGCGGCUGGUGAACGGGUCCGGUCCUCACGAAGGUCGCGUGGAGGUUUUCCAUGAGCGCCGCUGGGGGACGGUGUGCGACGACGUCUGGGAUAAAAAGGACGGAGACGUGGUGUGUCGGAUGCUGGGAUACCGAGGAGCCAGUGAGGUCCAUAAGACUGGACGCUUCGGACAGGGUACCGGUCUGAUCUGGAUGGAUGAUGUGGCUUGUACUGGGGCUGAAGACACCAUCCACCAGUGUAAGUUUCCUGGCUGGGGCAAAACCAACUGUGGCCACGUGGAGGACGCCGGUGUGACCUGCAUCACCUAAAUAAACCUUUUCAUGAUCCUGACACUGCUGCAGCGGCCGAGCGUCUCCUUAAAGAGUGCCUUAAACCUUCAAGAAGCUACAAGGUGCACAACGUCCCACCACUGCCUGGGGUGUCAUUUCGCAGUAUGCCGUUUUUUGCCACCUCACCUGACAAACCUCCACGUUGUGCAUGAAGUAAAUCUGCAGCUUUUUUUUUAAGAAGUUCAUGAUUAAACAUUUAGCUUCAAGACUGAAUCAUGAGAGCAAAGAAAAUGCAGACAUUGUUUAACUUUGGGCAACUGUUACGAGCUGGUACACGGGGAUGAACGCACAGCAGGACUCAAGUCUUCAUUGAGGGCCGAAGGUCAGCUUUCAGACCAUCAGAGGCUCGUCAGGUUUGCUGUUUUUGCCUCCGGAGUUGGGAGAAAGCUAAUCCGACAACUUCACCAUCACAAAGCCUUCAAUUCGUCUGCUGGUGUCUGCAAGUCGCUGAGGAGCUGAAACGAAACUGACGAGACUGUUAUUGAUAAACUGAUCUUUCAUUUACAGGCAGCUGCUCUUCACAGUAUUAUACAGGAACGGCUUUUGAGUGAACGUACACAUACACGGCGGUGCCUUAUUAUAUAUCAUUGUAUAGUAUUACCCAGUGAGCAAUCAUUUCAUGGUUUGCAGGUCAAAAAGCAGUUUGAGUUGAGUUAAAACUGGACAAAAUUUGGGCUAAGAGUUCACAUUUUUUAAAUUCCUGUGGGAUUUUUAAUAUUCAGUGUUACUUACCAGAACUAACAAACAUGCUGAGUACUUUUCCAGCCUCUUAAAACAUCUGCAAAGCCGAUUUUUACUGUACCUCCAUGUUUGCUCCCGAACGGAUUAUUAUUAUUAUGAUAAUUAAAAAGGGGUCAACUAAGACUUCUCAUCAACCAACGGUUUAAUCAACUAAUAGAGGACAACCCUUCUAGCAGUCCAGCAGUCUUCUGCAGGACUGUAUCCAUCACUUUUUCUGUGUGCGUCCUCAUGCAAAUAAAACAAAAAACAAAACAUUUCUCCAUAGCGCAACAAGUGAUCAAAAAUACACAAAGGGUACCUUCAAAUUAAAAUGAAAGGGUUUUUUAAAUAUUAUAUAUAUUUUACCCAAAGAAAAUCUGUAGUUCUACAAAGUUCAUUGUUAAAACA